CUGAUCCAUUGAAAGAACUGACUUUGUCCUGGCCCUUGCCAUGCCCCAGCUCCAGGCUGAGGCUAGAGGAGCCUGAGUUCACAGGACAUGCAGCCCUCCUCUGCACUAGGCUCUCCCAGGGCUCCGGCUUCUAAGGGAUCCUGUCCGGUCCUCACCAUGGCCUGGACAAUUCCUUUUUAGAGAUGGGAGGCUGAGAGCUCCGCCCAGAAGGCUAUCAUCCUCCCCACAGCAGUCACUAGAGGGCGCCAGGGCUCAGGGGAACCGUGUUGAGCAACCAACCUCCUUCCUGUCCUUGUAGCCCUCUUAAGUACACAGGCCAAUAACCAGGACUUGGAAUAGUGUGGCGCCAAGGGCUCCAUGGUGUGGGAAGGAGGUGGCAAAGGAGGAGAGGGAAAGCCAGAACUACGGUACCUGAGAAGCCGCUGUGGCUUUUCGCGCUCCAUAGGGACACUGCUGAGAUUCCACCCUUCUCCUCCCCUGCUCCACCUCUGGUCAUACCUGUGUCCCUGCAGGUCCUUCUGUCUCCAGGUUCUUUCCUUCUUUUCCCCUACUGUGACUGGCACUCUCUCUGUAUGCUUAUUGACUCUCUCCAAAUGUCUGGUUCUAUCUCGUGUGUGUGUGCGUGUGCGUGUGCGUGUGCGUGUGCGUGUGCGUGUGCGUGUGCGUGUGUGUGUGUGUGUGUGUGUGUCUGUCUGUCUGUAUAUAUGUAUGUAUGUAUGUAUGUAUGUAUGUAAGCCUCCCCCCCCCUCCCUGUCUCACUCAGCUUCAGAGCAUGUCUCUGCCCUCCCACCUCUUCACAGCUGCUCACAGCUUCCAACUGCUGGAUUCUCUUGCCCGCCUCCUUAGACUUGACAAGGGCGGUGUGAGAGGAGGGAAGGGCAGCGUGGUGGGCCCACCUCUUUUUGCCUUUCUAGGCUGGGAGGCUGGGCCAGUGGGUUUUUUAACGGCCUGGGCAGCCUGUGCAGCUCGCCAGCCCUGAAUGCCGUCCCCGGCUCUGCAGUCCCAGCAACAGUCAGCAUGCAGCAGCAACCAUCGCCGGGAUCCUUGGCUCCUUCGGCAGAGUCCACCAAGCCCCCUUACAGCUACAUAGCCCUGAUUGCCAUGGCUAUCCAGAGUUCACCGGGGCAGCGGGCCACCCUCAGUGGCAUCUACGGCUACAUCAUGGGCCGCUUCGCUUUUUACCGGCACAAUCGGCCAGGCUGGCAGAACAGCAUCCGCCAUAACCUGUCUCUCAAUGAGUGCUUCGUCAAGGUGCCCCGCGACGACCGCAAGCCAGGCAAGGGCAGCUACUGGACCCUGGAUCCCGACUGCCACGACAUGUUCCAGCAUGGCAGCUUCCUCCGCCGCCGCAGACGCUUCACCAAGCGCACAGGUGCCCAGGGCACCAAGGGCCCUGUCAAGGCAGACCACAGACCCCUCAGAGCUGCCAGCCCAGACCCAGGAGCCCCCAACACCACUACUAGCAGGCUGUGCCCAUUCCCACCAGAGGUGCCAAACCUCAAGGGCCUAAACUUUGGGGGUCUGAUGGGAUCGUUGCCAGCCAGUGUAUGCCCAGCAACCAGUGACGCCAGGCCCCAGCUGCCCACUGGAUCCAAAGAGAUGUGCUCGUCCAAGUCUGCAGGCCCAAGGGAGCUCCCCGAAGCCACCUCACCCUCCCAGUGCCCAGCAUCCAGCUUUUCGGCUGCCUUCUCUGAAGCUGAGAGUCUCGGCAAGGCCCCCACACCUGGUGUGGCCCCUGAGGGCAUCGGGAGCAGCUACCAGUGCCGGAUGCAGGCGCUGAAUUUCUGUAUGGGGACUGACCCGAGCCUUGAACACCUCUUGGCCUCUGCAGUCCCCACCCCUGCACCCUCGACUCCUUCAGCCUCUCACCGGGCCCCACUGCCCCUGCCAGCUGACUCCAAGGAACCCUGGGUGACUGGGAACUUCCCUGUCCAGGGAGGCUCCGGGUACCCCCUGGGAUUACCCCCUUCCCUUUACCGGACACCAGGAAUGUUCUUCUUCGAGUGAUUGACUGCAGCAGUCCCUCUGCAGGGUCUCUGUCAACUAUUCUCUGCAGACUCCGUCUGGCUGUAGGACCUAGGGCGCUCUACAAGGACCCAAGCCCUGGGAGGCCAAGGACUGUGAGGAUCAGAAGGCAGAAGUGAGCAGUCAGCCAGGUCCCUGGGGCCUCCAGACAAACUUGGGAUGAGGGCAAGUGGGACCCUCGGGAUUUUCUCUGUGGUUGUCAGGGCUAAUAAAGCCAGUGUGAUGGUGA